AUGCAGAAUCUCCAACCACAUACACCACCUAGCGCUUCUGGUAGCAACACAACAGUACCUGCAAUUCUGGCUCGUAUGAACAACCAGCUUGGACAGUACUAUCUCCGAUACCUUCGACACCAUUCAACCAGGGCCAGUCCAGUCACGAUACAAUGGCUCCUGCAAAACUUUGAGACGGCGGAGGGUGUUAGCCUGCCGAGAAGCGCUCUCUACUCACACUACCUCAACCACUGCAUGGAAUUCUGGCUUGAGCCUAUGAAUGCGGCCUCCUUUGGAAAACUUAUCCGAUCUGUCUUUGUCGGGCUGAGGACACGUCGGCUUGGAACACGGGGCAAUUCAAAGUACCACUACUACGGCAUUCGGAUCAAGCACACAUCCAGCCUGAACACGAUCAAACUGAAUCGCCAGAUGCCGUGUACGAAGAGAUCACGCGAUACGUCGCCGAGUCGCAGUCUAGACGCGGGAACCAUCACAGUGCUUACUUGUCCGGGCUUCGGCACCCGUCAUGUCCCAAUGGCAAGACAACGUCGAGAUGGAUAUGGUGUCACUCCGAGUAGUGUCUCCGAGUAG